AUGUUCAUUAUUUUAUAUUUCUUCAUAUAUAAUUGUUUUGGUAAAUGUGAAUUAAAUUUUACUAGUGCAAGUAGAUAUGGAUUAAAUGGACUUAUGGUUAUAAGUUCAAAUACAAGUGAAUGUAGUGGAGAUAUCAAAAUACCAACAAGUGGAAUAGAUCCAAAUUCCAAUGAAGAAAAAAGAGUAGAAAUAAUUGGAUGGAAUGCAUUUAGUAAUUCAUUAAUAAAGAGUAUUGAAAUACCAACAAGUAUAAAAAUAAUUUGUCUUAAUGCAUUUUCAAAUUGUAAUAACUUACAAAAUAUAAAUAUUCCAAACAGUGUUUAUAGAAUUGAUUAUCAAGCAUUUUCUAAUUGUAAAUCAUUAGUUUCAAUAAAUUUUAAUAAUGCAGAAAUUAAAGAAUUAGGUAAUGAAGUUUUUAUUGGAUGUAAUAAAUUAAAAUCAAUAGAUUUAUCAACAUUUUCAAUUGAAACAAUUUAUGAAGAUACUUUUAAUGGAUGUUCUAAUUUAAUAAAUGUUAUUCUUCCAUAUACUUUACAUGAAAUUAAAGAAAGUGCAUUUUCUGGAUGUACUUCAUUAACAACGAUUAAUCUUCAUAAUACAUUAAUUAAUUCUAUUAAAGAAAAAGCUUUUGAAAAAUGUACUUCUCUUAUUAAUAUUACAUUUCCUUCUACUCUUAUUUCUUUAUCAAAUAAUUCAUUUGAAAAAUGUACUUCAUUAACUUCAAUUAUUUUUCAAUCAAUAUUAUCAUCUUCAAAUAAUAAUAUUCCUUUUAAUGAAUGUAAUAAACUUAAAUCAAUAUAUUAUACUGGAACAGAUUUAUUUACUAAUUGUAUUUUCUCAAAUAAUCCAAUACAAAAUAUUUAUGUUAUUUCAGAAUAUCAACAAGACUUUAUUUGUUCUAUUAAAGUAAUUAAAAAUAUUAAUCAUUCACCAAUUAUUUAUCUUUGUAAAUAUUCUGAUUCAAACAACUGUGUGUCUUAUCUUUCAUAUAGAAAAUCUUCUAUUAAUCAAUUAACAAAUAAUGAAAUUUGUUAUCAAAGAGGUUCAACAAACCAAAAAAUUAUAGUAAAUGAUAAUAAAUAUUAUCUUGUAGAUUGUAAUAAUAAUACUAAAAUACAAUAUUAUCAAAAUAAAGAAAUUAAUGAUAAUAGUAUUUCUAAUUUUAUUUUUUCAGUAGGAUAUAAAGAAAUAAAUGAUAAUAAUAUUCAUACUUUAAGAGAAUAUUUCAUCUCUAAACGUAUUGAUAAUAUUCAAUGGAUUACUAAUCAAUGUACAGUUACAAAACAUCUUUAUUUAAAUGAAAAUGAAAAUUCUUCAAUUAAAACAAAAGAUAUUAUUAUUGAAAUAUAUAGAAAUGGAUAUAUUUUAAAUAAUGGAAUAUUUUAUAUAGAAAAAAAUAUAAAAAUGAAUGAAAUACAAACAUUGUAUUUUGGAAAUGAACAAAUGUAUAGAGAAGUAUUAAUUAAUGAUUAUUUUGAAUCAAUGAAUUCAGAAAAUGAAUAUAUUUUUGAAUGUAUUUCAAAAGAUUUAUGUAAAUCAUAUAAAUUUAAUACUAUGAAUAAUCUAUUUAUUGAAGACAUUGAUUUUCCUCUUCUUAAAAAAGAAACAAAAACAAAUAUUUUAGCUAUUGGUAAUGAACAUUUUCAUUUUUAUUAUUCUCCUUAUUUUAGUCAACAAGUUAAAUUUACAAAUUAUUGUGAAAAUGGAAAAAUAUUUAGAACUAUUGGAAUGGAACUUCAAUUAAUGUCUAAUUUUGUUAAUGAAAAUGAAUGUCCAAAAGAUGAUUAUUCAUCUUUUUCUAUUGAAAUUGAAUCAAAAAAUGAAACAAUUGAAAUUAAUUCUAGAAUAUAUAAAAUUUCAGUUCUUGAUAAUAGAAUAUCAGACUCAACACCAAUAUAUUUAAAAUUUACAAAUUCAUAUUUAAGAGUUAUACCAAAUAAAUGUUUUCAAAUAACAAAUUCAUCUUCAUUACUAUUUAUUCCUGGAAUUUAUGGAGAUAAAAAUUAUAUAUUUUUAAAAGAAUAUAGUUCAACAAAUAAUUGUAAUGGAACAUAUAGUAUUAGUGAAUUUUCACCAGAUCAAUAUAGUUAUACUAAGUUUAAUAUUAAUGAUGAUUUUGCAAUUAUUAGUUAUUUUGAAAAUGAUUAUAAAGAGUGUGGAAUUAAUAAAAUAGAAGAAGCAAGUUUAAUUAGAUAUGUAUUACCUGAUAUAAAUAAAUGUCAAUUUAAAUCUACAUAUACUAUCAAUGAAUUUAAUUUAAUUGAAACAAAAUAUGAUAAUUCUGAUUGUAAAGGUAAUAUAAUUAUUCAAGAAAGUUAUGCAUUAAAAAGAUGUAUAAAUGAUACUAAUCAAUUACAUAUUAUAAUUGCAACAUUUCCUAUUAAAUCUGAAGAUUGUAAUAAUAAAUUUAAAGGAUGUAUAAAUUGUGAUUUAGAUGAAUGUUAUGAAUGUCCAAAUGGUUAUGGAUUAUCAAUGAAAAAGGAUAAGUGUAUCGACUGUUCUAUAUUUACAAAUGAUUGUAUUCAAUGUAAUAAUCAGACGUGUACUAAAUGUAAUAGUAUAGAUAAUGAAAUUAGAGUUUAUCACAAUAAUAAUUGUUUAACAUGUAAAGAAGCAUUUAAUGAUAAUGGAUGUUUAGAAUGUAAUGCAAAUAAUUGUACACUUUGUUCAAGUAUUAAUGGAACAUUAAGAUAUUAUAAUAAUGGUUCAUGUAAAACAUGUGAAGAAGCAUAUGAUGAAAAUUGUUCAGAUUGUGAUGGAAUAGAAUGUAAAAAAUGUAAAAUAGAAUAUGGAUUAAAAAUAGGAAGACAUGGAUGUAUGAAAUGUUUUGAUUUAGAUAGUAAAUGUUUAGAAUGUGGAGAAGGAAUAUGUACUAAAUGUUAUAAUAAUUUAUUAUUUAAAAACAAUAAGUGUCAAAGUUGUGAUGAUAUUUAUGGAAAAGAUUGUCUUUCAUGUGAUAUAAAUAAUUGUUUAACUUGUGAUAAUAAUAAAAUUGUUAUUGAAUCAAAGUGUAUUAGUUGUAAGAAAAUAUUUGAUCAUUGUAUUCAUUGUAAUACUACUCAUUGUUUAGAUUGUGAUUCAAUUGAUUAUUCUUUAAUUAAUGGAAAAUGUAUUAAUCAAAAUAAUGAACAAGGGAAUAAUUCUUGUUUAAUUUCAAUAUUGUUGGUUUUUUCAAUAAUUCUUUUCUUCUUAAUUUAA